UUAACCUCAACUGCCAAAGAAACUGAACGAGUAGAAAGUGAGUAUCUAUUCUUACGAAGACUUAUCCUUAUAGCAGGACUUCAACUUGGGUACCUUGAAGUAGUGACCUCAUUAUGGCUUCCAAAAAAAAACGUUUUCGUCACCGGGGGUGCAGGUUUCAUCGGUAGCCACACAGUGGUUGAACUUUUAAAUGCUGAUUAUGAUGUCAUCGUUAUUGAUAACUUUGUCAAUGCUGUCCAUGGGUCAGACGGACAGGCACCAAGUUUGUUACGAGCACAGCAGAUCACAGGGAAAAAAUUAACUUUUUAUCAAUGUGAUUUGUUGAACAAGGAUGAUCUCUCAAUGAUAUUCAAAAAGCACAAAGUUGAUUUUGUCAUUCAUUUUGCUGCCAUGAAAGCUGUUGGUGAAUCAAUGCAGAAACCUCUGUUUUACUACAAAAACAACAUCGUCAGUAGCAUCAACUUGAUGGAGGUGAUGAGUGAGAAUGGAGUUUACAAUCUAGUUUUCAGCAGUUCUUGUGUUGUCUACGGAAAUCCUCAGUAUCUACCCAUCGAUGAGGCUCAUCCCACCGGAAACGUAUCCAGUGUGUAUGGAAGGACGAAGUACGCCUUAGAACAAAUGUUUGAAGACAUUUGUAGAGCAGAGAAAAUGCUCAGUGAAUACCUUCACUUGAUCUUAUUGUUAGAACUAACAGCAUAUACGUGUACAUCUUUUUUGCAGGUUUAUAACCUUGGCACCGGUACAGGUUACACAGUAUUGCAGCUUGUCCAAGCCAUUGAGAAAGUCAGCAACAAAACAGUAUCGUAUCGGAUUGAGGCCAGACGACUUGGAGAUAUCCCAUCCAUGUGGGGUGAUUGUAGUUUGGCAGAAAAAGAGCUUGGCUGGAAAGCUGUGUAUGGUUUAGAUCAAAUGUGUGAAGACUUUUGGCGUUGGCAAUCCAAAAACCCCACAGGAUACCGAUGUCAUGUUGAAGACAAGCAUCUUGCAUCAAGCAGUGAAGUUAUCAACACAACUAAUGGGCAUCUUAAUGGAGUCCUCUGUUAAUCAUUGUAUUGAUUUUGAAGCGUUUAUUUUGACUGAAUGGGUUUCCUUUUUCUUAUUAAAUCUAUUUUGGAAGACAGAA